GUCUUACACUCUUUGUUCGGCUCUCACCUCACCUCUCUCAUAUUGGCCCCUCCCACUCCCAAUGACAUCACAGAGGGCUCUGCUGGACACCCCGCCCCCUCCAGGGAACUGGCUGUGAGUCAUCGCAGCGGCGCUGCAAGGGGAUUGGCCGGUGGGCGGGAGGCGGUCCCGCGGUUCUUUCUGGACUUCCUGCAGCGGCAGGCGAGGAUGAGGCGGCGCAGCAGGAAGUCCAUGAUGGGAGGACGAGGAUGCUUCGGGAUGAAGAUGGACCGCAUCGGCUCCAUCAGCGGCCUGGGCUGCUAG